AUGGACUGGCUGGAUCACUUUCAGAACAUCAAGGUACAGCACCUGAUGGACACAACUUCUGAUCAUUUCCCCAUUUUGUUAGCUGAUGCGAAAGUGUUGAAGGAACGAAGGAAGUGCAGAUUUCAUUUUGAAGCCAUAUGGACUAGACGGGAGGAUUGUAAGGAGUUAAUCAAGGAAGUUUGGGAUGGAGGAACAAACCUGGGCAGUCCGAAUGGGCUUAGUACAGGACUCAAACAAUGUGCAGAAGCCCUCUCAAAUUGGAGCACAGCUGCAUUUGGGCAGAUUCCAAAUAAGAUACAGGAGAAAAAAAGGGCAAUAAGUGAUUUGAUCAAGGGUGACAGUGAAGGGCAUAAUGGACCUGAGAUAAACAGGCUAAGAAGAGAAAUAAAUAACCUGCUGGAUGAGGAAGAAAUGUGGUGGCAACAAAGGUCAAGGGUGCAAUGGUUAGGGGAAAGGGACCGCAACACCAAGUAUUUUCACCAUCGGGCAUCAGAGCGUAGAAAAAAGAACACAAUCUCUGGAAUAUGGAGUGAGAAUGGGGCUUGGUGUGAGAGUAAAGAAAGCAUCGCCAAUACAGUAAUGGCGUACUUUGAAGGCAUAUAUACAAGCUCCCACCCUACUAGAAUUGAUGAAGUGACGAACAUGAUUCCGGUCAAAGUAACAGGGGAAAUGAAUGCAGAGCUCACCAGAGACUUUACUAGUGAAGAAGUCUGA